CUAGCACUCGCACAUAUACGCACGCGCCGACCGCUCCGUCCAUCUCCUCCUCGAUCCCCGGCCGAUAGGCACCCGCCUUCGACAGCAAACGUCAGCUCCAGCACCAAUAAUUAUACAAUGGCGGGCUGGUUUGGCGGCUCGACCAACAGCGCGCUCGAUGAUCAGAUCGAGCGCGCCACCUCCUCGAGCCUGGAGGACAUGCCCCUCAACCUCGAAAUCUCCGACGUCAUCCGCUCCAAAACGGUGCAGCCUAAAGAUGCCAUGCGCUCUCUGAAGCGGAGGAUAGGCCACAAGAACCCAAAUGUCCAGCUGGCUGCCUUGCAUCUCACCGACACCUGCGUCAAGAACGGCGGCGCCCACUUCAUCCAGGAAAUCGCAUCGCGCGAAUUCAUGGACAACAUGACCUCGCUCCUCAAGGCCCCCGUUGCCUCCCCGAACCAGGACGUGAAUAACAAAAUGCUCGAGCUAAUCCAGUCGUGGGCCACUGCCGCAGAAGGUCGCCACAACUUGAACUAUAUCCAAGAAGUCUAUCGGACUCUGCAGAGAGAAGGCUACAGGUUCCCGCCCAAGGAGCACGUUUCCAGCAGUAUGCUCGACAGCAGUGCGCCCCCGGAGUGGACUGACUCAGACGUGUGCAUGCGAUGCCGGACUGCUUUCACCUUUACCAAUCGGAAACACCAUUGCCGGAAUUGCGGCAACGUAUUCUGCGGCGCGUGCUCGAGCAAGACCAUCCCUCUACCUCACCUAGGAAUCUUGGAUGCUGUUCGUGUCGAUGACGGCUGCCACCAGAAAAUGACGGACAAGAGCCGUCCUUUACCCGUACCGAAAGGCUUCGAUGCCUCUAAACCGAGCCGCACACUCUACCAAGGCUCCAUGGAACCACGGAGCGCGCGCGUCGAGGAUAGCUUCGACGCCGACCUAAAGCGAGCGCUGGAAAUGAGUUUGGAAGACGCAAAGGGGCAGGGUAACGCAGGGUUCGUUCCGCAAGCGCAGCUACCAUCGCAGAAGGGCCCGGCCACAACAAGUGCUUCGAAACCCGAACCAGUCGAAGAAGACGACCCAGAUCUUGCGGCCGCUAUCGCUGCAUCACUGGCUGACAUGGAAGAGCAGAAGAAACAGCAUGCGGCCGUACUCAGGAAUCAAGCUUCGACAUCUAACGGAACCCCCGUCGUCGCACCCAAAAAUAAUUAUGAACUCACACCAGUAGAAGCCGAGAACAUCAACUUAUUUUCCACACUCGUCGAUCGCUUACAGCAUCAACCGCCAGGCACAAUAUUACGGGAGCCACAGAUACAAGAGCUGUACGAAAGCAUCGGCAAGCUGCGACCGAAACUGGCCCGAACCUAUGGCGAGACAAUGAGCAAACAUGACACUCUUCUCGAUCUUCACGCAAAGCUGUCCACUGUAGUGCGAUAUUACGAUAGGAUGCUCGAGGAACGCUUAUCCAGCACUUAUAAUCAAGCUGGAACCGCAUAUGGACUACCGCAACCCCCCGCGUCUUCCCUAUAUCCAAGUAUUCACUCCGGUGCGCCACCGGAUGCUUCUGGCGAGAACUUUUACACAGGAAAUGCUGCUCCUCUAGAUUCGUACGCCCCGCCACAGCAAGCCUACUACGGAGGCUACCAAGCGCCACCGCAACCACAACAACAACAACCGUCGUACGCUCAAUAUGACCAUCGCGCAUCUGUGCCACCGCAGCAAUUUCAGCAAACUCAGCCAGCGCAACCUUACCCGAACCUAGCCCAACGACCUUCGAGCACCACCGCGUACCAACAACCCUCCUCUCCACACCUGCAACGACAAGCGUCCGGCCAGCAAUACCCCCCUCGAGCGCCGCCCGAUGCUGAAACCGCAAACUUCUACUACGGUGAUGCCGCAUCGGCCCAACAACAACAACCACCUGCCUCUACUUCCGUCCCGCCACCGCCCAUGCAGCGGACGCAAAGCUUCGCAUCGCAAACAUCGCACCCCCCGCAAUCUUCUUCUCCCCAUAUGCAGCGCACCGCGCCACCCCAGCAAACUCCAAUGUCGCCCCCUGUUCCACCUACAUCCGCUCCGCAGCAACAGCCGUACUGGCAGCAACCUCCACCUCAACAACAGGAUGCUAACCAAACGCCGCAGCAACAACCUUCCCAGGUCCCUCAGAUUCCCCAAACCCAACCUCAGGCCCAACCCCCGCCACAGCAACAAUAUUGGCAGCCCCCUCCGCAACAGCAACAGCAGCAGAGACAACCAUCCGGCCCUGCUCCCUGGCAGCCUGUCCCGUACGCAGCGGGCGGUUAUGGCCCAGAGAGUUUCCCAGCCGCUCCGCAGGGAACCCUGCAGAGUGCGCCAUUGCAGCAGCAGCAGCCGAAAGUUGUUGAUGAGCCGUUGAUUGAUUUGUAG